AAAUGGACUAUUACGAAACUGAUUAAGGUACUCGUAGUACUGCAAUUGCCAAUGCUCAUGGUGCUCUAUCUAAUUGCAGUCCUUACGAGACGAGACGCCAAUUUCCAAAAGCUGGCUCAAAAAUGGCGACAAUUGCAUUUUCUCUCUCCUCAAACAACAUCAUAUCCCCAUUAUCAACCCAAUACAAACACCCCCUAAAUUCCCUCACUUCACUCAAAUUUCUCAAAACCCCAUUAAAUUUCAACAAAUUUUCAGCCAAAAUAUGUUGCUCCUCUGAAACCACCAUUCCCACAUUCACAACAACUACAACUUCUUCUUCACAAUCAGAUACAGAAGAAGAACUAGAACAAGAACACCAAAUUGAGGAGAGAGAAUCAAAUCCAUUUCCCUCAACGACGUCGUCUUCAAAUGGUGGGUUACCUCCACCUGUGCUGAAGAAGAGGAAGAGGUACAGGAAAGAGUACCCAGGUGAAAGUAAAGGGAUUACUGAAGAGAUGAGGUUUGUUGCCAUGAAACUUCGCAAUGAUAAAGGGUCUUCUAAGAAUGAUGUGUCUGAUAAUGGGGAUGAGUCUGAUGGGACUUGGGAGCCUAGUAUUGAAGGGUUUCUCAAGUAUUUGGUUGAUAGUAAGCUCGUGUUUGAAACAAUUGAACGUGUUGUCGAGGAUUCGAACGAUGUUUCUUAUGCAUACUUUAGGAGAACUGGAUUAGAAAGAUCAGAGGGUUUGGCCCAGGACCUAGAAUGGUUCAGCCAACAAGGGAUGGCAAUUCCUGAGCCUAGCAAUCCUGGAAUUUCUUAUGCCUCAUAUUUGAAGGAGCUUGCAGAAACAAGUGCCCCAUUAUUUCUCUCCCACUUUUACAAUGUGUACUUCUCUCACAUAGCUGCUGGGCAAGUGAUAGCAAAGCAGGUUGCUGAUAAGCUUCUAAAGGAAAGGCAAUUGGAGUUCUUUAACUGGGAUGGAGAUGAGCAAGUAUUCCUGCAAGGGAUUAGAGAAACACUUAAUAGGCUUGCGGAGCAUUGGUCUCGUGAUGACAAAAACAAAUGCUUAAAAGAGACUACAAAAUCAUUUAGGUACCUUGGUCAAAUUUUGCGCUUAAUCAUCAUCUUAUAAGUUGUCCAUCUCCUCGGACACAGCUGUUGCUUCUUUUGUGUCUGCCCGUGGAUGUGCUUGCUGUAUUUGCCCUGCAAUUCUAUUAGUUUGUGAACCCGUUGUGCAAACCUGCAGUCAAGUGUGAUCUUGUUCUCAGACUCGGUGGUUUCGCUACCCCAGUAUACAGAAUCUAAUGUCGCAAGACUUGCAACACAUUGUUUCAAGCCCACAUCCGGCCUCGCCCCAUCUUUCAAUCAUUCUUCUGGCAAGUUGGAUCAAAGUGGCACAGCCCAUCUUGUCCAAUAAUGCUUCUACUCUGGGCCUCUGGAGCAUUUAAAAAUUUUGUGGCUACACCAGGAACAUCUAGCAUUAUCGGCUAUAUAUCUCUCUUUCAAGAAAGCUUUAACAAGAUACAGGUAGCAUCUCCACGUGAAUAAAAGUGGUGCACCUUUUUUUAAAUGAAAAGGUACUAGCACAUAAAUACAUAAUGUACUUAUCAUUAUAUGCAAAAAGGAAUUUCAUUUUUCAUUAAUUUCUGUUCAAAAUGAAAAGGAAAAGUUGUCAUUAAUAAUGGAAAGUUGUUUUUAAAUUAGACAACCUUUUAAUUAUUCCUAAAUAUUACCUCCUUUGGGGGGCUCAAUUUUAAACAAGACAAAACCUGAUAUAAUAUGUUAAGCAAGUUAUCCAUGUCACGUGUCGCUCUAUGAUUGGUUUAAAUUUUUUGUUUUUUCUUUUUUUUUCUCGCUCUAUCCUCCCAUCCAAAACCACCAUUGCUCCACCUCCACACCACCAUAGCUCCACCACCAGCAGCCCCUUACCCCAGCCCCACCACCGAAAACUCAUCUCAUCUCCUCCCCUUCCUUUCCCCUACCCCGCAUACUGCCCCAUCCCCUUCCCCAGCAACCGCGAUAACCACACCUCCCCUUCCCCUAGCCCUCGAAAAACCAUCCCUCCCCUUCCUUAGCCCCUAAUAACUGUCCCUAGCCUCGAAAACAACCCCCUCUCCUUCUUUACUCUAAAAAACCGUCGUCGUACCCAAUUCUUUCCCUAGACCAAACCCCUUCCUUGCGUUCGUGCUGCCGUCAUGGCGUUCGCCAGGGAAGGGGUUGGGUGUGUGGUGUUCGACGGGGAAGGGGUCGUCGGGGGAAAGGGUCGGGUGUGUGGUGUUCGACGAGAAGGGGGGAUCAUCGGGAGAGGGGGUUGGGCAUGGGCUACUAGUUGGGGUUUGGGUUUUUUUUUUUUUUUUUUUUU